GAUUGCUGCUUCGCUGUUGAGCUUCUUGCUCUAUCCCUUUCUUGCCCAAGCCGUGGCGUCUCAACUAGACGCCGUAGCACUCAGCGUCAUCAAGGGCGAUGUUUCACAGUACAUGCAGAACUUCUUCAACUUCAAUAGUUUGCUUUUUUCGUUCUUCGUCUCGCAGACGUAUGCCUCCCUGUACCAGCAGCAG